UUACUUUGAAGUGUCAUUUUACUUUGGUCCCUCGCCCACAGCCUGGUACAGCCUACUUAUUUCACGCAGCCGCAGUGAGUCGAUUGAGCAAACCUUCCCCACCGCGGUGCAGCUCUAUGUGGUGCUGACAACUUCUCUCUGGCCUUCCAGAAAGUUCAUCAUCAUCAUCAUCAUGUCUGCUGGGAAUGCUCAGAUUGGCAAGCCUGCCCCAAACUUUAACGCCACGGCUGUAGUGAAUGGACAGUUUAAGGACAUCCAGCUGUCUGACUACAAAGGGAAGUAUGUCAUCCUCUUCUUUUACCCUCUGGAUUUCACAUUCGUCUGCCCCACUGAGAUUGUGGCGUUCAGCGACCGAGCAGAAGAGUUCAAAAAAAUCGGUUGUGAGGUGGUCGGCUGCUCCGUAGACUCUCACUUCAGUCACUUGGCUUGGAUCAACACUCCUCGCAAACAGGGAGGUCUGGGUAACAUGAAAAUCCCCCUGGUGGCAGACCUGACAAAGAGCAUCUCAAGAGACUACGGUGUGCUGAAGGAGGAUGAAGGCAUUUCAUACAGGGGUCUGUUCGUGAUUGACGACAAAGGCAUUUUGAGGCAGAUCACCAUCAAUGACUUGCCCGUGGGUCGCUCCGUGGAUGAGACCCUGCGUCUGGUCCAGGCCUUCCAGCACACAGACAAAUACGGCGAAGUGUGCCCUGCAGGCUGGAAACCAGGUAGCGACACCAUCAUUCCUGAUGUAGAGAAGAGUAAAGACUACUUCUCCAAGCAGUAACAAUGUGAUGUUCUACUAAACUUAGCACUUGCCCACACACUGAGGUUGCGUCUGUGGAGUAGUCAUACACGGCUUCCCAUAUGUUCAAUGCCCGUUUCCAGUAAAUUUUUUUUUUUUUUGUAAUCUUUAUUACAUCCAGUAUAUAACUGGUGGGACAAGUCUCAAGCACUGAAAAGUACAUUUACUAGUUUUCCAGGAAAGUAUUGAUAAUAUUGCUGGCUGUUUCUAAUGUUGCCAUUAAUUAAAGCAGCAGGAUGAUAAAGAA